UUCUUCUCGGUGUGUGGCAAUGGCAAUGGCGCGGGAGUGCGGGGGCGGCUCCUCCAUUCCUGCAUUGCAUCCCAUGACCACCACCACCUCCCCCUCCUCCCCACACCCGCUGCUAAAAAAAGUAAGGGAGCUCCACAACCAGAGCGAGCCCAAGGAAAUCUCGCCACCACCACCACCACCGCGUUGCUGUCGACGGACGGCAAUGCUCGCUCGCCGUGGAUUCGACCCUGCUCCGUAGGAUUUCAUUCAUUUCCCCCCACAUUCCCCGUCGCCGUCGCCGUCGCCUGCUGCGGUGCGGUGGUGGUGCGGCCGCCGUUCGACCGGCACCGCUCGCAUUCGGCCUGCCGCCGCGGGACGGAGUUGAUGCGGCCGGCCUCCCUCUGAUCUCUUCUCAUCGUCGCCCCGCCGCCGUCGCCCAACAAUGGCAUCCAAAACCAAAAGCCGCUUUGUCGUCGGCUCUCAUGUCUGGAUCGAAGAUGCAGACGAGGCAUGGAUGGAUGGCCAGGUGGAGGAGGUCAACGGGGAGGACCUUGUCAUAAACUGCACCAAUGGGAAGAAGGCCACCGUUAAUCUCUCGACUGCCUUUCCCAAGGACACGGAAUCCCCGCGUGGUGGUGUCGAGGAUAUGACCAGGCUCGCCUAUCUGCACGAACCAGGAGUGCUCCAGAACCUCAAGUCCAGAUACGCCCUCAAUGAGAUAUACACUUACACUGGGAAUAUUUUGAUAGCUGUGAAUCCAUUCCAAAGACUCCCCCACCUCUAUAACAACCACAUGAUGGGAAUUUACAAAGGAGCAGAAUUCGGUGAGCUGAGUCCCCAUCCAUUUGCUAUCACCGACCGUGCGUAUAGACUUAUGAUCAACGAUCGUAUCAGCCAAGCAAUAUUAGUGAGUGGAGAGAGUGGAGCUGGUAAGACAGAAAGCACUAAAAGUCUUAUGCAGUAUCUUGCUUUUAUGGGUGGUAAAGCUAAAGCUGAAGGAAGGUCAGUGCAAGAACAAAUCCUAGAGUCCAACCCUGUUCUUGAGGCAUUCGGCAAUGCAAAAACAGUUAGGAAUAAUAAUUCAAGUCGGUUUGGCAAAUUUGUUGAGAUUCAGUUUGACCAGUACGGGAAGAUUUCAGGAGCCGCCAUAAGGACUUAUCUUCUGGAAAGGUCACGUGUCUGUCAAAUAUCUGACCCAGAAAGGAACUAUCACUGCUUUUACAUGCUGUGUGCUGCACCAGAAGAACGAGCGAAAUAUAAAUUGGGAGAGGCUAAAACAUUUCGCUAUCUCAACCAGUCUAAUUGCAUUGAACUUAAUGGGUUUGAUGACUCCAAAGAAUAUGUCGAAACCAGAAGAGCUAUGGGUAUUGUAGGUAUGAGUAAUGAGGAACAGGAUGCAAUAUUCAAAGUUGUAGCUGCUAUUCUUCAUUUGGGGAAUGUAGAAUUUGGAGAAGGAAAGGAAGAAGAUUCCUCUGCACCCAAAGAUGAGAAAUCUCAGUUCCAUCUUAAGACAGCAGCUGAGCUUUUCAUGUGCGAUGCAAAGGGUCUUGAGGAAUCUUUGUGCAAGCGUGUUAUGGCAACACGUGGAGAGAGUAUUACAAAAAAUUUAGAUGCAAAGGGUGCAGCUCUUAGCAGAGAUGCAUUGUCUAGGAUUGUUUACUCGCGCUUGUUUGAUUGGCUUGUAAAUAAAAUCAAUAGUUCCAUUGGCCAAGAUCCAGACUCAAAGAUUUUGAUUGGUGUGCUGGACAUAUAUGGUUUUGAAAGUUUCAAGACAAACAGCUUUGAGCAAUUUUGUAUCAAUCUAACUAAUGAGAAGCUCCAGCAACAUUUUAACCAGCAUGUUUUUAAGAUGGAACAAGAAGAAUAUACAAAAGAAGAAAUUGACUGGAGCUACAUCCAAUUUGUAGACAACCAGGAAAUUCUUGAUCUCAUUGAAAAGAAACCGGGUGGGAUAAUUGCUCUGUUGGAUGAGACAUGCAUGCUACGGAAUUCAACCCAUGAAACAUUUGCUGAGAAGCUAUAUCAGAAGUUCAAGGACAGCCCACAUUUCAGUAAACCCAAAUUUUCAAGAUCUGACUUCACCGUUCAUCAUUAUGCUGGACAUGUCACUUAUCAAACAGAUCUUUUCUUAGAUAAAAACAUAGAUUAUGCUGUAAAUGAACAUCAGAUCCUAUUAAAUGCUUCAACAUGUCCAUUUGUUUCAAGUCUUUUUCCACCUGUUGAAGAAUCAGCGAAGUCAACAAAGUUUACUUCGAUAGGCUCAAGUUUCAAGCAACAACUACAAUCUCUGUUAGAAACGUUGAGUGCAACAGAACCACACUACAUCCGCUGCAUAAAACCCAAUAAUGUUCUCAAGCCAGAGAUAUUUGAGAACAGUAAUGUUCUCCAGCAGCUUCGGUGUGGGGGUGUGUUAGAGGCAAUAAGGAUAAGCUGUCUAGGAUACCCCACUAGGCGAACCUUUUAUGAAUUUGUCAAUCGAUUUGGUAUUCUGCAUCCCAAAGCUCUGAGUAAAGGCAAUACUGAAAUUACUUCUACGAAGAUGAUUCUCGAGAAAGCUAACCUUGUAGGCUAUCAGAUAGGGAAAACAAAAGUGUUUCUUCGUGCUGGUCAAAUGGCUGAGUUAGAUGCUCUAAGAACUGAGGUUUUGGGACUCUCUGCUAAAAAACUACAAACCAAAGUUCGUUCGUUUAUGUCUCGCAAGAAGUAUGUCGAGAUGCGAACAUGUGCUACACAACUCCAGGCAGUAUGCAGGGGAACAACUGCUAGAAGGUUAUAUGAAAAUCUUCGAAGACAGGCAGCUGCUUUGAAAAUUCAGACCUAUCGCCGUAUGCGCCAUGAAAGAAUAAAAUAUAGAGAUCUGUGUUCCGCAUCAACUACUAUCCAAUGUGGUCUACGUGGUAUGGCUGCUCGCGGCAAACUGCGUUUUUGCCGACAAACAAAAGCUGCAGUGAUUAUUCAGAGUCGAUGCCGCUGUCAUUUAGCGCGCUCACGAUAUGUGAGGAUGACAAAGGGCAUACUCGUAACUCAGUGUGCUUGGAGAGGAAAAAUAGCUAGAAGAGAACUUCGACAGCUCAAAAUGGCUGCAAAGGAAACUGGUGCCCUACAGGCUGCCAAGAGUAAACUAGAGAAAGAAGUCGAGGAGCUUACUUGGCGGUUACAAGUGGAGAAGCGCAUCAGGUCUGAUUUGGAAGAAGCCAAGGAAGCGAAAAUUCAAGAAAAUAAGAAGCUCCAAUCACAAUUGCAGGAAUUGCAACAACAAUUCAAGGAAACAAAAGAAUUGUUAAAGAAGGAACAGGAAACUUCCAAGGUAGCAUCAGAGAAAGCAGAGAAAGUUACUCUAGUGCCAGAGAUCCGUGUUGAUGAAACUCAAGUUAAUGAGCUCACUGCCGAAAAAGAGAAGCUCACUGCUGAAAAUGAGAAGCUCAAGACACUGGUGAGCUCUCUUGAGACAAAAAUAGAGGAAACGGAAGAGAGGUUUCAAGAACAAGACCAAGUCAGAGAAGAGUCUAUGAAGAAAGCUACAGAGGCAGAGUCACAGCUAAAUCAACUAAAGAAUGCAUUUCUAAGCCUUCGAGAGAAGUUGGCUAGUGCAGAAGCAGAGAUCAUUAAUCUCCGACAACAUGCUGCGAGACCAAGACCUGAUCCUUUGCUUAACAUGCAUAAAAAAUCUGUAUUUCGUGCGUCAAGCAUUACUGUUGAUAUGGAUCUCGUGCGCCAAGUUGAGGGCAAGUAUCCUGCAUUCCUUUUCAAGCAACAGCUUACAGCCUUUGUGGAAGGCUUAUAUGGAAUGAUCCGUGACAAUGUGAAGAGAGAAGUGUCUUCAGUACUCUCGCAUGUUAUUCAGGCGCCAAGAACUGCGAAGGCUGGUUUGCUAACAGAUCAACAUAGCUAUUGGAAAGUGAUAGUCGGCCAUUUCAAUGAUCUCCUGAAAAUCUUGCAAGAAAAUUGUGUCCCAACCAUUUUUUGUCGGAAGAUCUUUACACAGCUUUAUGCAUACAUCAACGCUCAACUCUUCAAUAGUCUUCUUGUACGGCGAGAGUGUUGUUCUUUCAGCAAUGGAGAAUAUGUGAAGCAAGGGCUUGAAGAACUGGAGACAUGGUGCACACAAGCCAAGCCAGAGUACGCAGGAUCUGCAUGGGAUGAACUUAAGCACAUAACCCAGGCUGUUGGCUUCCUGGUCAUUUUCAAAAAGUUCAGGGUAUCAUAUGAUGAAAUAAUGAGUGAUCUCUGCCCAGUAUUGAGUGUCCACCAACUUUACAGGAUAUGCACGCAGUACUGGGAUGACAAAUAUAAUACUGAAAGUGUAUCCGAAGAGGUCCUUAAUGAGAUGAAAACGUUGGUGAACGAGGGAGCUGGCUCGGGCGCCUAUUUACUAGAUGAAGAGACAAGCAUGCCGUUGUCUCUCGAGGAGAUAGGCAACUCCAUGGACACCAAGGAGUUCCAGAACGUGGUCCCGCCGCAAGAGCUCCUGGACAAUGCGUCGUUCCAGUUCUUGAAGAUCUGAAUGGGUUCCGCGCGAGGGCAGAAGACGGUAGCCUCCGGAGGAUAGAAUGUUGUAAAUUUGUCAGUUGGUAUAGGUUUUUCUCUUCCUUUCUGCUCCCCCGGUCGGGCCUUGUAGAUUAUUCCAUUUCCAUAGUCAUAGGUUGGUUGAUGUAAGAUGUCAUAGCUUUUUUUUUAUUUUUUGUUUAUGGCUGCCGGCUGGGUUGGGAAGAGAGCACAGGGCAGGCAGGAGGUCAUUCACAUCUAUUCUCGAUUCUUUCUUUCUAGUCACGGUAGAUAUAUCAUAUAUGUAUGUAGCAGUAUUCAAAAAUAUCCAUUCUGUGUAGCCAAUGUAUAGUUAUAUAUACAUUAGUAUCAAUGAGAAUGACAAUUGUGGGGCUUGAUGUAAGAAAGGCUCCCUGUCUGUCUCAUCAUCACAUUAGUAUCCAUAUAAACCCACUAUCACAUCACAUUUCAAUCAUGUGAAAUGUAUAUGAUGCAUGGUACUCCUACUUGUUUGUGGAUGAAAAGGAUUC